GCCACACUAUAUAAUCGCCACUUUUUAGUAAGCCCGUUGCAGAACCUGGACCACAAAGCAGCAGCCACAUCUGCCUUCUUCCCUGAGUACGAAUCUUCAGUUCUUUGUCGCUAACCAUGGUAACCCACAAAGAAUUCCAGAAUGCUGGGAAGGUGCCAGGACUUCAGAUCUGGCGGUUGGAGAAAAUGGAUUUGAAGCCUGUUCCGAAGGAACUCUACGGCAACUUCUACACCGGAGAUGCCUACAUCUUGCUGUACACCACCAAAGCUCCAUCAUACAGUCUUCACAAGUGGCUGGGAAGUGAGUGCUCUCAGGAUGAAAGUGGUGCUGCUGCCAUCUUUGCAACACAGCUCGAUAACCACCUGGGCGGCAAACCAGUGCAGUACCGCGAGGUCCAGGGGGAAGAGUCCCUCACAUUCCAGGGCUUCUUCAAGUCUGGGAUAAAGUACAUGAAAGGUGGAGUGUCAUCUGGCUUCCAGCAUGUGGUGACCAAUGAAAUGAAUCAGAAGCGGCUGCUGCAUGUUAAGGGUCGACGUUCCAUCCGAGCCAUUGAGGUGGACAUGUCCUGGGACAACUUCAACAAGGGCGACUGCUUCAUCAUUGACCUGGGCAGUAUUAUCUACCAUUGGUCCGGUAGUGAGUGCAAUCGCUUUGAGCGUUUGAAGGCCACCGAGGUGGCCGCGGACAUCCGUGACAAUGAGAGGGGUGGCCGUGCCAAGAUGGAGAUGAUCGACGAGGGGGCUGAGCCACAGGCUGUCAUUGAUGUUUUGGGGCCAGCACCUGCAAACAUUGCUUCUGCAGAACCCGAUGAGCCUGUGGAAAUGUCUAAUCGUAAGAAGGCCUCUCUGUAUAUGAUCUCCGAUGCCUCUGGCUCCAUGAAGGUGACCUCGGUGGCCGAGUCCUGCCCUUUCAAACAGGACAUGCUGUCGCCCGACGAGUGCUACAUCCUGGACAAUAGCAAGAAUAACAAGAUAUUCUUGUGGAAAGGACAAGAUGCCAACAAAGCUGAACGUGAAGUUGCCAUGUCUGCUGCUGAGAAGUUUGUCAAAGAUAAGCAGUACUCCAACUCAAUCCAGAUUGUGGUGCUCCCAGCAGGAGCAGAGACUGCCCUUUUCAAGCAGUUCUUCUUUAACUGGAAGGACAAGUAUGAAACCACAGGUCCCGGCCAGGUCUACACCAUUGGUAGUAUCGCUUGCAUUGAGCAAGUUCCCUUCAACGCCUCCUCCCUGCAUUCCAACAACGCCAUGGCUGCCCAACACGGCAUGGUGGAUGACGGCUCUGGAAAGGUCCAGGUCUGGCGCAUUGAGGGGGGAGAGAAGGUUGAAGUGGGGCCCGCGACAUAUGGGCAUUUUUAUGGGGGAGACUGUUACCUCAUCCUGUACAGCUACAGGCUGGGCGGUGGGGAGAAGCACAUCAUCUACAUCUGGCAGGGGCUGAAAUGCACUAAAGAUGAGCUGGCCGCCUCUGCCUUCCUCGCGGUUCAGCUGGACGACUCCAUGGGACAGACUCCUGUCCAGGUGCGUGUCACACAGGGCCGGGAGCCGUCCCACCUGAUGAGCCUGUUCAAGGACAAGCCCAUGAUCAUCCACUUGGGCGGCACGUCCCGCAAGGGGGGCCAGACGCAGGCGGGCGGCACCCGCCUCUUCCACAUCCGCCGGAGCACCACCCAGGCCACACGGGCUGUGGAGGUUGAGCCUUCCGCAAAGUCUCUGAACACCAACGAUGUGUUUGUGCUGAAGACGCCAAACUCCCUGUUCACCUGGAAGGGCGUGGGCUCCACAGAGGAGGAGAUGGCGGCUGCCAAGUAUGUGGCCGGCUUCCUCGGAGGAAGUGUCACCGCGGUGACUGAGGCAAACGAGCCAGCUGGUUUCUGGACCGCUCUGGGUGGGAAGAAACCCUACCAGACGUCAGUGGCUCUGCAGAAGGUGAUCAAGCCUCCUCGCCUGUUUGGGUGCUCCAACAAAACGGGCCGCCUCAUUGCAGAGGAAGUGCCCGGAGAGUUCACUCAGUCUGACCUGGCCACUGAUGAUGUCAUGUUGUUGGAUACCUUGGAUCAGAUCUUCCUCUGGGUUGGAAAGGAUGCCAAUGAAGUUGAAAAAAAGGGAUCAGAAAAAAUUGCCAAAGACUAUCUUGAAUGCGACCCCUCUGGCCGCACCGGCAUUCCCGUCGUCACUCUCAACCAGGGCUCUGAAACCCCCACUUUCACCGGGUGGUUCCAGGCCUGGGACCCCAAACUGUGGGAAAAAGACCCCUUUGAGCAGAUCAAAGCACGUGUCUAAAUGUCACGCAUCCAUCCUCCUCCAACCACCACACCCACGCACGGCUUUCCUUACUGCCUAAUACACCUACAUAUCUCGACAUGUCAGCAGGUUUCUCAUCUGUCAAGCUUCAUUCAGUACAAAUUGAUAAGUGCCUUAAGCUGCAAGGUCCCCAUACAUAACAGAAACACUCUGCUUCAUAUAUUUUCCUCUUUCCUCCACAGAAUAUUGUUUACAAUACAGUUCCUAAGUACUACAGUGGGUUUUGCUGGGAAAGCAUUAAUCAUAUAACAUUGACAUAUGAACCCCAUGCGGCAAAUGACCCCUGUGUUUACAGGUAUCUACUCGGGCUGUUAUGAUAUUUCAUCCAAAACCAGGAUUAAGUUUUAAUUGCAUUAAACAAUAAUGAAUACAUUGGUUAUGCUUUACCCUGAUACCUGUAAACCUUAAGUCUCACUGUAGCGACCUUGCCAUAGAAUGGGCAUUAAUUCAACCAAAUGAAAACGGCUGAUGUUCAUAUCUACUCAUAUAAAUGCAACAACAUAUCAGAAUGUGAGGGUGAUUCAUUUUUAAUAAACAUUCUGUUUUUUGAAAGUG